AUCCCCCUUCCAAUCGCUUAGUGCCUCGGUGCCCUGUGUUCGCUGACCUCCGCACCACUUGCAUUAUCAUUCUCCUUCUUCUCUUUCCCCUCUCUAUUCCUCCCAAACCCCUACUGAUGCGCGAAGGCAAUCAAGCCCCGAGGUAGUGGCCGCACGUCGGACUGGCAGCAAGAGCUAGGGAAACAUUAGGGUGCACCUUCCUUCAAUAUGGCAGCACGCAGUAGGCCCCGUGGUGGGCAGAUGAAGGAUGAGUACGACGAGGAAAGAUCUCUUUGGAACCAGAUCAAGUCUGAUGCACGCCACAUCGACCAACUCAUGGCACAAGCAGAAGCUGUUCGUAAGAAGAUACUGGACCUGGAGACAGCCCAAAACGCUCGACUAGCUCGUGGAGCCCAGCCUUCGGACAGAAUCGACGAUGAACUCGAGACCAACCUGCGUGAGCUUAUACGACUGGACAAUGAGACGAUAGGCCUCCUCAGCGGCGACAACGACAUUUCUACACAGAUAGGGAUUCUGUCCGCACUUAGAAGCUCAGACGACACACCCACAUCUGCAUCACGCGCAACAAGUGUCGGUCACGGCAAGUCGCAGCGGGACCGACAAGGCAAACGCAAAGUCACCGACAGCCUCGACGACCGGGACAGCAUCGCAGCCGAUAGCCCUGGACCAAGCCCCAAAGUCGUUAUCAGCCAAAAAGAUAAGCUCAUUGCGAAAUCGACGAGUAGCAGGGCAGGGUCGGUACCUAUUGGACGCGAAGGAAGCGUGAAAGCCGAGGACGACGACAAUGGUAAGGACCACCCGCCUCGACGUCUGUCGCCCAACACCGAAGUGCUCUACCGCAACAGCAAGCACCGUAUCAACCAGGAGGGCGAGGGCAUACUUUGCCGUGUUACCAGCGUUAUCGGCGACGGCAAGCAGCGCCGUUACGAGAUCAUCGAUGCAGACCCAGAUCCACCGACACCGAGCCAGCCAUAUCGCGCCUCCGUCGCCCAUCUCGUUCCUAUCCCACCACCAUCUGCCAACACCACGCUUCCGGACUUACCGAAGAAGAGGGGCGUGUUGGCGCUCUACCCUAGUACGACAACUUUCUACAAGGCGGAAGUUGUUGCCAACUGGGUUGCCGAGAGGGUCAAGAAGGAGAAGGAUGACAAGGAUGCAAGUACGGAUGGCAAGGACAACCUGGUUCGUCUCAGAUUUGAGGGAGAGGAUGAGGCCGACAGAGAGAUGAGUGUUGAAAGGAGAUACGUACUGCCGGACAAAUGAGCGGCUCAAUUACAGAUGUAGGCUUGGAAGGUAACCAAUGAGUGAGGAUUAUCGGCCGUCUUGCAUAAGUGCUUGGGUAGUACGCACAUCUUGGUGCGUGCUAUCUGGAUAACAGUCCAAGUAUCAAGACUAUCAUAUCAAUACUAUUACUAUGCACAACAGCUUGGCGCGUC